UUCCACUCGUAACGGUUUAUGAGAGCCACUACUCAUUUUCCUCGAAUUACACGAAACACGGAGAGGUCCCCUCUGAUUUUUCAUUCUCCGGCGAAGGGAUUUUCCGAUCGAUCAGCUUCUUUACGGUGUCCGGUGGUUCUGUUCUCCGUGCCGCUCGUAAUCUCUUCGGAGAUUUUCAGAGCUGUGGAGGAUGUCCGUGGCGGUUGCGGCGGCAGUGACAGCCGUCUCAGUUAGCUCAAAGCUUCUCGUGUUUCGGGUUCGCUGCUCGGAUUCUAACCCUAGGCGCGGCUUUGGUCCUAAAAAGGAAUAUAAAGGUCCAGAAUUGCCACAAAGGAACUCAUCUGCUAAACAGUCUGUUUCCAUGCCCAGAAAGGCACCCGGUCUGAGCUCUCAGUUUGAAGGAAAAUAUGGUAAAUCUGUAGAUAUUGACUUCGAGGAACGAUUGGAAGCCAUUAAAAGGUCAGCACUUGAGCAGAAAAGGGCAGACGAAAUUAAAGAAUUUGGUCCAAUAGACUAUGAUGCUUCCAUCGAGUCAGAAAAGAAAGCAAUCGGCCUUGGUACUAAGAUUGGAGUUGGCAUAGCAGUUGUGGUAUUUGGAUUAGUUUUUGCUCUUGGAGAUUUUCUUCCCUCGGGAAGUGACAAUCCAACCGAGGACACAGCAGUUGUGAAAAAUAAAUUGUCUGAAGAGGAGAAAGUCACGCUUCAGAAAAGGCUUAAAGAGUUCGAAGCAACUCUCAGUAGCUCUCCUAAAGAUCAAGCUGCUGUCGAGGGUGCUGCUGUGACUCUGGCAGAACUUGGAGAGUAUCCGCGGGCUGCUUCACUUCUAGAGGAAUUGGCUAAGGAGAGACAAAAUGACCCUGAGGUCCUCCGAUUGCUUGGAGAAGUAAAAUUGGAACUCAAGGACUAUGAAGGCAGUAUUGCUGCAUAUAAGAGUUCUGCGAUGGCGUCUACAGACAUUGAUUUCGAAGUAACACGAGGCCUCACGAAUGCAUUGCUUGCUGCAAAGAAGCCAGAUGAGGCAGUCAAAUUCCUUCUGGACACUCGUGAACGCCUGAAUGCAGCAAAGAAAACAAGUGUCAUAGAAAAUAAAGUGGACAGUGCUGCUGCUGCUAGUACAGAAGCAGAAUCAAGUAUUGAUCCCAUACAGGUUGAGUUGCUUCUGGGGAAGGCGUACUCAGACUGGGGACAUGUCAGCGAUGCUGUUGCUGUUUAUGAUAGGCUUAUCGCUGAUCAUCCUGAAGACUUCCGCGGCUACUUGGCUAAGGGUAUAAUUUUGAAAGAGAAUGGAAACACAGGAGAUGCAGAGAGAAUGUUCAUCCAGGCCCGAUUCUUUGCCCCAGAUAAUGCAAAGCCUCUUGUGGAUAGGUUUUCCAAGACAUUAACGCGGAAGGGUUGAGACACAAAAACAGGAACCAAUAUAAAGCAUCUGAGAGAAGUUUCCUUCUCUUUUGUAUUUGCACAGAUAGACUGUGUUUCUAUAUACACACAUUUGUCUUUCAAUCAAAAUUCCCACCUUCCAAAGAGGAAGGGUAGACAAUUGUCACA